AUGGACGCGUCUAAUGAUGGCUCGGAGUCUGUGGACCAGUUCCUUGCUCGCAUUGCCAGCUUGAACUCCAAGCAGGGGCUCGAGGAAGCCGAACGAUCAAGGAAGAUGGAAGAGGAAAUGCUGCAGGCCAGAAAGGAGAGACAAGCAAGAAGAGCAGAACGGGCGCGGUCGCUCUCCCCCUCCAAAACCGGACCUGCGCCAUCGCUUCGACGCGUAGGAGAAGUCACCCCCAAACACAUUCAAGGGAUCGAACCUCCUGUCGCCCUCACCCCUCCUCUGAAGUCUCGAACACUAGGCCGAUCCGGCUCAAUGUCCCCAAAGCUAGCUCGACCGCCAUUAUCUGAUCUCGACUUUUCACGCCCACCACCACCUGCACAGCUUGAUGACAAGCCUGCAAUGCCUAGUCCUCCCGCAAACGCAGCAGCUUUGUCUAGAAGUGGGACUCUAUCCUGGAAUCAGAGACCAUCACCGAGAGGUAGUGGCUCAAUAAGGUCACGUCCCCAGUCUGUUGCCUCGAUUCCCGACGCAAGCGCGACCUUUGGCACCACUACGCAGAAAAAUGCGGAGGAGAUAUCGCGACAAGACAUUGCUGCCUCACUGGGAGCAAAAGAUCCGUCAUGGUUCCGCCAGACGUCGGAUCGCGGUGCUGGCUCGGCCGCUUACCGCAAGAAUGAAAGUGAGGUAGAAUCGCCCGCCUUUACAAGUCGAAGCAUGAAACUCCCCGGCUUGUCUGAGGACACAGCUCCAGCCAUCGAGCAUGAGAGGACGAAGACGGAGAUAGCUACGCCGCCAGCAUCGCCCUCGAAGCAUAUCUCUACUCCGGUUUCCGACCACAAACGAACUUCCAACUUCGAGACCAGAGGAAGGCCUAGACCGGUCUCCUUAGUAUCCGAGACGCCCUCCAGGUCUCCUGCCCUGGAUUUGCCAACCUUCAAGCCAUUUGAGCUCAAUACAUCAUUCGACCUAGAUACGCCGGGACUUGGGCGAACUUCCAGCAUCUUGUCUUCCCCUGGACGACCUCCGUCUCCAACCAAAGGACUAGGUGGCUUCGUGCAGAGUGCGAUGAUGAAGAGGUCGGAUAGUGUGAAUAAGAGAUGGAGUGUGCAGGCGAAUGCUGGACUGAAGCGCGGGGAUUCCGUAGCCUCUCCCCGGCCUACGCACCUCUCUGGCACAGCUGAUUUCAGCCCGGGGCAUAGCCGCAACUCCUCCAAGGACGCAAGAGUGAUCCGGGAUGGAUACUCGUCUCCAUUAUCAGGUUCCCGGCCUGUUUCCAGCCAUGGCGCUGACAUUGUGCCUCUCACCCGAGGUCGCCCUCUCCCACAACCACAAGAUGAGUUGGCGCCAUCGCCCAAAGCACAGACGGAAGUCGAACAACGUGAGCGUGCAGAAAUGAUGGGUUCAAUUGAGCAACAACCAAGCGUGCGGACAACAACUCCACCUCCUGUAGAGUCGCCUUUGGCUCGCAGCCCGUCCAAGACCAUGGACCCGCGCCGUUGGAGCCCAACGAAGGCCAGCUGGCUGGAAAGUGCAUUGAACAAACCAGAGUCGCCCAGGUUCGCUCCAGCCAAGGUCGAGACGCCGGCCUGGAAGCUAAACAUGCAACGCUCCAAGAUUGAAGAAGAAUCCCGGUCCUCUGCUGCCGUCGGGGUUGCUAGUACGAAUUCCUAUCUGGCUGACGAGCGUGUCAGUUCGCCAUCGACGGCCUCACCUCAGACAAGAACUGAGAAGCCCCUUGAUACGCCUUCUGCCAAGCCUGUUCCAGGCAAGAUUGCUUUGCCGAAAGCAGCUCCCGAGCCAGCCCUCCCGCACCCCAAAGGAUCCGCACCAUUGACGAAGGAAGCCGCCUCGAAGAAGGAAGCGAGGCCUGUGGUCCCUUCAAAACGUAACAUCACACCAGCACGACAGGAUCUGCCCUCCAGCGGGCAAAUCGAGGCGGAGCCUCGGGAAAAAUCCCAAGUCUCAGCAGACCACGGUCAGACAUCAGAGGUCAAGCCGCCCGUUGUGAAGCCCAAACCCCAGACACCUCCGAAGACCGACUUCAGAGCCAACUUAAAGCCACGUCAAGCGCCCUCGACGGCGAGUAAUGACAGCGAGCCGGAGUUCAAGGCGGUGUUCAGCAAGCUGAAACGAACCCAGACUCAACAUUACGUGGCUCCUGAUGUGCUGAAAGACAAUAUCACAAAAGGUAAAUCGGCGCUGAAUGUCACAGCAGGCCCGCAAAAGACUACACAUGUCAACGAGUUCAAAGAGAGCAUUGUGCAGAAGAAGGAAGCCAUGAAAGCCGGUGGCACUGCUACAACCAAGCGACCUGAAUCGACAGAUUAUAAGGCCAAGUCCGCCGAGGCUGUUCCUGAAGCUUUGGCGCGUCGGAUGACAUUGCAUAGGACAGUCCCUUCAAGUGAGAAGGUGGAACUCAAGAAAGCUGUUGAGGACCAUGUAGUGUCGUCGACGUCUGCACAGGUGUCUCCAACCCGGCCCGAAAAACCCACCUCAUUGGUGAUUGAUAGCACAUUACCAUCCGGAGCAAUAUCUGUCAUGGCAAACAAGCCUCGAUCCUUUGACGUCAAGAAGUCGGAGAUCAGUUCUGCCGCAGCAAACCCCGAACAAACUGCGUCAACUAUUGAGAAGGUUGCUAUCGGUCAAGCCCCAGAGAUGACCACUAGACAGGGCACUUCGGACCCGGCUCCAGAGUCAAGUUCGAAAGUGAAAAUCCCGGAAACUAGCAAGAUCGCAGCUCGGCUCAAUCCGGCGCUUGCAGGUUUGCUUUCUCGAACCGGUGGCUCCAAAUUGCCGGCCGAUUCUUCAUCGUCUGAAAAGGGUUCACUGACGGUCGUGGAUAGUCGGCAGAAUUCCCGUCAAGAUGCAGGCCGAGAGUCAGCAGAAUUAACGCAUAUAACAAAGGCACGAGCCAGAGGUCCUAAGAGACGUGCCCCCAAGUCCAGCACUUCGAAGGAGUCCAGCACUUCGAAGGAGGUACCAGGCAAGGAGGUUACUGCAGCGGCUUCUCAAGACAAGUCUGAGGUGACCUCAAUCACGCCUCCUACAGGGCUAAAGUCUUCACCAGCAGCUAGAUCAGUGUUUCCGGACAACCUGCCUUUACGUCCACUUCGAGGCGCUACCGUUCCCACAGUACCAGCCAGCGAGGCAGAGGAGAAAACGGAGCAGAAGCCAGCGCUAGUGUCUCCAACAGUUUCACCAACUGUCAUGUCAACCACGCCACGAGCACAACUGAUAAACUCUUUCGUAAGGCCCGAUGCACGCUCGUCCGCAAGAACCAAUCUCGUGCAAGAGCAUGAUUCGACCUUCAGAGCAAAACCGCCGGUAGCCAAGAAAUCUACGGAGCUUCGAAAGGUCUCCAGUCCAAGUGUUGCUCCGAGGCCCAACGAAAAGGCAACGCCCGUCAAACCAAUCACUCCCAAGAAGUUUGACGUCCUGACCGAUCAGCCAACAUCUGUUUCAUCCCCUCCGGAAUCUGAUGGGGAGAGGAAGGUGAAUCCCAUCAGUCCGCCACUUUCCACUGCGUUGCCAUUGACUCCGAGCAAGUCCAAACUUAACACACCAAAACCUUCGAAGCCGUCUUUUGACAACACCGCAAAAUCCACAUCUACUACUGCGUCCAGUAAAGCGAGUGGACUGGGUCUCAAGUUCGACUCCCCAAAGAGACCUGGCACUAAGCCCGAGCUCACACCGCCACCUGAACGAGAUGUUGCCGCUGCUCGAAUUGCUGUGUCUUCCAGAGGGACUAUGUCGCCUACGAAAUCCACUUCUACAUUGAGGCCCCAGAUCGAAAAUUUCUUCGGCGUUCUACCACGAGCAAGUGAAAGGGGCGAGUUUGACACGCAAGCUUUCUUGGCUUCUCAACAGAGGGCUGCCGAAAAGAAGGCAACGCUCGACAACCAGAUUUGGGAGGUGACAGGCGAUGGUAAGAGAAGUGCGAUGCCACCUCAGCAGGAGCAUAUCCUUUUUGAAGAGUGCAUGUACCUUUGUGUGCAUUCCAUGCAGUCGCCGAAUGGCUCGAAGCUCGUGGAUGUGUACUUGUGGUGCGGAGAUGAAGUUCCCGCGGCGGCCAUCGAGGAUGCUCAGCUAUUUUGCAGGAAGGUCGCUCGGGACAACAACUCCAAGUUGCAGGUUGUGAGACAGGGCAAAGAGAGCUCCGAAUUUUUCCAGGCACUCGGGGGCAUUGUCAUCACCCGCCGAAACAAAUCGUCCGCUUUAUACAUGCUUUGUGGUAGACGGCAUCUUGGGCAUGUGGCAUUUGACGAGGUCGACCUGUCUCCAUCUAGCCUCUGUUCGGGCUUACCUUUCUUGAUAUCCGCCAAAUUUGGGAAGCUGUAUCUCUGGAAAGGGGCUGGCAGUGAUCCCGAAGAUGUUGGUUGUGCGAGGCUGAUAGGCAUGGACUUAGGUCUGACAGGAGAGAUCGAGGAAAUCUCGGAAGGAGAGGAGCCUGCAAGCUUCUGGGAAUCUUUUCCUUCCCGGGCAGCGAGGCGGGCUGCACCGCAAGGAGAGAAGAAUGUUGCACCAUUCCGGGGCCGUCCAUCAAAGUUGUAUCGGGUGGAGCAUGACAGACCCAAGUUAUCUGGAGGGUUCUGGGGAUUGAGAUCCUCAUCGCCUCCGAAGCAACCAACCAGAGCAUUGGUCGAAGAAAUUGUCCCCUUCACACAGAAUGACCUGGACCCCAAUCACAUUCACAUCCUGGACACCUAUGGCGAGCUUUAUGUGCUCGUUGGCCCUUCAGCCAGGAAACCUGCCGAGUUCGUGAGUGCGGUUCAGAUUGCCCAGGAGAUAGCCGUGCUCUCACCUUCAGUGCAGGACAGGCCUGUGUUGCCAUCUUGCUAUGUUGCCAUUGGUGAACCUCCCCAGCACAUAAGAUACGUCUUCCGGAAAUGGAUCCCCCCAAGAGAGUCUCCUUCUCCAGGACAACAACUGUGUGUAAGAGUGGAAGAAGUGAUGCAGGAGCUAGGGAUGACAUUGUGA